AUGGUUCUGUUGGAAGGGAUAGGUGUCGAUAAACCGGACCAAGGACAAGGACAAGGACAAGGACAAGAAUCUGCCAGGCGUCGCUCGGGCUGCCAAGAGUCCCACCGCAAGCAGAAGGACGAGGAGGACAGCGACUCGGAAGGCCCCAACGACGGCACCGGCAAGAUCACGGCCCUAGAGGCAGUCCAGUUCGUCCUCGCUGAGCAGCGACGCAAGAAGUAG